CCUCCACAGAGCAGAAGUCAACCAAACAAUUUCUGUCACAGCUGAUUCGGUCGCCAUCUUUGUCGUGAAAAUAAACAACAGCGGCGAGUCGAGCUGGCGUUUGUAUGCUACCUCUGUCCCCCGGAAAGAAGGCGACAGCACUCGGACCCGCGGCGGCGUUGGAGCGUUGAGGCCGGAGAUGCCAGCGGACCUGCUCCCCUGAGCCACCGUGUCCGUGGGGAUGGGGAGCCUGUGCGGAUUUCUACACCGGGAGGGAGUGUAGGUUUAAGGGCGGGGGGGGGGGCGGGGAGGGGAGGACAGCGGCAGCGGGGCCUCGCUGCUCGUCAGCCCCGUGAGAGAUGGACCAGGAGUACGAGAGACGACUGCUGAGGCAAAUCAACCACCAGAACCUGCCGACGGAGGCCCGCCUGUCAAAGUGUGUGAGCGCGACCUGCAGCCCCGUCAGCGUCAAGUCCGGAGACCGCUUCAUUCCCACGCGCGCUGGCAGCAACUGGAGCAUCAACUUCCAUUACGCCAAUGAGAACGCCCUCAGCUCUCCCAACCAGAACCACAAGUCCAAGGACGCCAGUUCGGACUCGAGCAAAGACGCCGUGGCGUACGCUGCCCUGCUGAGGAACGAGCUGCUGGGAGCCGGCGUCGAGGCGGCGCCGGACCCUCACACCGACGACCGGCGCCACGCGGUCCGUUCUCAGGACUCUCACAGCCUGUUUAGGUACACUGUUCACACUAAGAGAGUGCCUUUUGAUAGUGACAACGAAGUCUCACCUUACUCCCUUUCUCCACUUAGUAACAAGAGUCACAAGCUGCUCCGCUCCCCUCGGAAGCCGGCGCGUAAGAUCUCCAAGAUCCCGUUCAAGGUGCUGGACGCUCCGGAGCUGCAGGACGACUUCUACCUUAACCUGGUGGACUGGUCCGCUGGCAACCUGCUCAGCGUCGGCCUGGGGGCCUGCGUCUACCUGUGGAGCGCCUGCACCAGUCAGGUGACCCGCUUAUGUGACCUUUCGGUGGAUGGAGACUCCGUGACGUCCGUUUGUUGGAAUGAGCGGGGAAGUCUGGUUGCUGUUGGAACGCACAAAGGUUAUGUUCAGAUCUGGGACGCAGCGGGAGGGAGGAAGCUCACCAGUCUGGAGGGUCACUCGGCCCGUGUGGGAGCCCUGGCCUGGAACGGGGAGCAGCUGUCGUCGGGGAGUCGGGACCGAGUGAUCCUGCAGCGGGACGUCAGAACCCCACCUUCUGCCGAGAGGCGGCUGCAGGGCCACCGGCAGGAAGUGUGCGGCCUCAAAUGGUCCCCCGACCACCAGCACCUCGCGUCCGGAGGCAACGACAACAAACUGUUGGUGUGGAACAGCUCCAGCCUGCUCCCAGUGCAGCAGUACAGCGACCACCUGGCGGCCGUCAAGGCCAUCGCCUGGUCCCCCCACCAGCACGGGCUGCUGGCGUCGGGCGGCGGCACCGCCGACCGCUGCCUGCGCUUCUGGAACACGCUGACGGGUCAGGCUCUGCAGAGCACGGACACGGGCUCCCAGGUCUGCAACCUGGCGUGGUCCAAACACGCCAACGAACUGGUAAGCACUCAUGGCUACUCUCAGAACCAGAUCCUGGUGUGGAAGUACCCAUCCUUAACACAGGUGGCCAAGCUGACGGGACACUCGUACAGAGUGCUGUACUUGGCUGUGUCACCGGACGGGGAGGCCAUCGUCACGGGGGCUGGGGACGAAACACUACGUUUCUGGAACGUCUUCAGUAAAACACGCUGCACCAAGGAAUCAAAGUCGGUGCUGAACCUCUUCACUAGAAUACGAUAGUGAACUUGGUGUUUUGGGUCAGGACUGGAUGAGGAGGAGGCUAAAGAGCCGCGGUGGAACUGCUCCGUCGCCUACACGCACCCACAGCACUUAGACCCAGUUGUCCCAGAGGCACCGGCGCCAGUCACCGCUGCGACGGGACUUCACAAAUCAACUUUUUGUGCUGCUGGUGCAGCCCCAACGACAACUGCCGUCCCUCGGUGAUGUCACUGAUGUAGUAAAAAAAAAAAAAAAAAAGACAAGCGAAGGGAGCAUCUGUCAUCAUGGACAUGUUGCCCACGUAAAAAGGUGGCUGUUUGUUUUCCUCUCAGUUGUGAAAGUGACUUGUUUUAUUCUAUAUCUGCAGAAGUAUAUGUGAAAGAGUUCUAAGCUAUAUAAUGCAAUGAGAUCCUGUUUUUAAAAGGCUCUCCUCCGAACCGAGAGGAGACGGACAAGCCUUUGGUGGGGAGGGGGGGUGCUAUGUUUUGAUAAUGUGUAAUGAUUCACAGCAGUAUACAACCAACAGAUAAACACACACGGCUGCUCAUGUAGCUCUUUAGAAUGAUGAGUUUAUUGGGGUUUCUGUCAGCUGUCAAAGUGCAGCAUGAAUCUUUUUAAACGUGUCAUGCUUUGAAACUGGAGAAGAAGUUUUAAUAAAAACGUGUUCAGCAGAG